AUACGACGAUGAUUAUUUUUUCGAAGAGGACAAAAUAAAUGUCUAUUGUUUGUGUAAUAUUCGAGGAAUGAUUUAGACGUAUUUAUUGUGUUUUAUUGUCGUUUUUGUUAGUGAAAGAAUGUGGCAAAAUAAUAAUAUUUAUCCGUUCGAACCGAAAAUAUAUCCUCAACUAUCAUCAUUACUACUUCAUACGAUGUACGAGGACAAAAUGGGCAUGACAGUCACGUCAGGCAGUGUAGUACUGAGUAAGGAUGAGAAGAAUCUAAUCGGAAUUAGUAUCGGCGGAGGGGCGCCACUGUGCCCUUGCUUGUAUAUCGUCCAGAUUUUCGAUAACACACCGGCUUCAAAGGACGGUACGCUCCAAAGUGGGGACGAAUUGGUCGGUGUCAACGGACAGAGUGUGAAGGGAAAGACUAAAGUUGAAGUCGCGAAAAUGAUACAGAAUGCUAAGGACGAAGUAACGAUUAAUUAUAAUAAACUUCACGCGGAUCCAAAACAGGGUAAAUCAUUGGAUAUUAUAAUGAAGAAAAUGAAACACAGACUAGUUGAGAACAUGUCUGCUGGCACAGCUGAUGCUUUAGGUUUCUCCAGAGCUAUCCUCUGCAAUGAUACUCUGGUCGCCAAGCUCAACGAAAUGAGAGACACUGAGAAUACAUAUAAGAGAUUAGUGGAGAACGCUAAGAGAAUGUUAAAAUCUUACUUUGAUUUACUACAAACAUACAAAGCAUUGGGCGAUGUGUUCGCCGCUAUCGGAGUGAGGGAGCCUCAAGCGAGGGCUUCUGAGGCCUUCACAAAGUUCGGCCAGUACCACAGGGCACUGGAGAGAGAUGGGAUUAAGAUGUUAAAAACAUUGAAACCUAUUCUAUCAGACAUGGGUACAUAUCUUAAUAAGGCUAUACCCGAUACAAAAUUAACUAUAAGAAAAUACGCGGACACGAAAUUUGAAUAUCUCUCCUAUUGUCUCAAAGUGAAGGAAAUGGAUGAUGAAGAAUAUGGAUACAAUGCGUUACAGGAACCAUUGUAUAGAGUUGAAACAGGCAAUUAUGAAUACAGAUUGAUUUUAAGAUGUCGACAAGAAGCUAGAACGAGAUUUGCUCGUCUCAGAUCAGAUGUUAUGGUGAAGUUGGAACUUCUAGACAAUAAGAAGACUCAAGAUGUUGCAUACCAACUCAAGAGGUUUAUACAAGGUCUGGCGGUUUACCAUAAUCAGACUGUGGAACAUCUGAAAGAGAACUCGACACUGUUUCCAGUGGAAGUGGACUUGUCACAAAAUGCCUUCCAGUACAAGUCGACAGCACAGAUGAUGCAGGACAAUCAAGAUGACGAAGAUUUGGAAUACGGUAAAGAAAUUCAGGAAUAUCAUGACGCGUCAGAUGAAGAAAAGGAGGGAAACGUCAACAACAGACGUCAGACCAAAGACAAUGACGCUGACUCCUCCGAGCAGCUGUUACCCGAUCUGACAGCUGGCACGUUUGACAGCGAUGUCAAACAGGAAACUGACAACCUGUCACUUUUGACAGAACUAGGCUUGGUUGAUACACAGUCGGUUGAAUUUGGUGAAUUUCAAAAUGGUUUGAGUGAUUUUAUGGUAAAAGAAAGCGAUAAUACUGAUGAUGUUUUCGACAAAUUAUUGAGUGAGUUAGAUAUUGGAAAAUAGUUAUUUAUGUGAAUAUACAGGGUGUCCCAAAAGGUUACGUGCAUAGGAAGGGGGAUGAUAGGGAUG